AUGAAGCUCUCAACUCUUCCAGCGGCUCUCGCUCUCUUCGCCAGCGUUUCCAGGACACACCCUACUGCUCACCCAGGUGACAAUUGUAUCACCCAAUCUCAAGCCGAUAAGUCCGUAGAGCGUUGGAUUGGGGUUGUAACUCGUCAAAACACCGACCUCGGCACCCAAACAGCCACCUUGGACGUCAUCCUGGCCGAGGAUUUCCAGGAACAUUCAAACUCGCCGAGUGAGAUUAGCUUCCCAAGUAAACAAGCUUACAUCAACGGCACACUCGCGUCCAACCCCUACCGUGGUGUCCAGACCAUCGAGAUACUAGUAGCUGGGUGCAACAACAUCUUGUGGCAUUGGAAGUUCACCGAGAUUGGCCCCAAAGGACCCGUGAAGGGGUUCAAUUUGUUUGCCAUGAAUAAAGAGAUGCAGGUCACCCGGCUGCGACUAGAGUUUGAUACGAUCUCUUGGGGCGUCAACGUCGGAUUCAAUGUCACACGGUCUGGUGCUUUCAAUGGCCAGUGA